AUGGCUUAUCAAAUAGUUCAAGCCGAUUUAUUUAACUCUUUACUAAAAGCCCAAGAUGGUGACUCAAUUCACCUCGCUCACCUAGGCAAAAUAACUAAAUCAGAAAGAAAACAAAAAUGCGUAUUUGAACAAUUUACCGGCCAAAAAGUCCCUCAAAUUGGCGGCACCAUGGCUGAAAUGCAGAUGGCUCUAACUAAUAUCCAAGCCAAUUUACAAGUAAUAGUUAAUAAUCAGCAAGCAUUAAGCCAACGAAUAACUCAGUUGGAAAAUAGUGCGGUGCAACAAUUAUCAUCCCUAACCCAACAAUUUCAUUCUCUAAAAUUAACCCAUACCCGAGAACGCAAAGAAAUUGCCUAUAAUAACCCCCUCCCAGAAAACUAA